UCUCUCCACAUUUUUUUAUCCCUGUUCCGUCUGCUCCUCUACUAUUCAAUUCUUGCAAGAAAUAAACAAAAACUUCACCUAAUCUCCCCAAACACUCCUGUAGAUCUCACUCUCACUCACCCUUUCACCAUGGCUGCCGGAAAUCCUUUCAACAACAUAUUGACGACGCUUGAGAAGCCUGGCGGUGGUCACUUCGGCAAGUACUACAGCUUACCUGCUCUCAAUGAUUCGAGGAUUGAUAGACUUCCGUACUCUAUUAGGAUUCUUCUUGAAUCUGCUAUUCGCAACUGCGAUGAGUUUCAAGUUAAGAGUAAAGAUGUCGAGAAGAUUAUUGACUGGGAGAAUACAUCUCCUAAACAGGUUGAGAUUCCAUUCAAGCCUGCCAGAGUGCUGCUUCAGGAUUUCACUGGUGUUCCAGCCGUUGUUGAUCUCGCCUGUAUGCGAGAUGCUAUGAAUAAGCUCGGCGGUGAUUCCAAUAAGAUUAACCCACUGGUACCUGUUGAUCUUGUUAUUGAUCACUCAGUUCAGGUUGACGUGGCCAGAUCAGAAAAUGCAGUGCGGGCAAACAUGGAACUUGAAUUCCAGCGAAACAAAGAAAGAUUUGCCUUUCUCAAAUGGGGAUCAAAUGCAUUCCACAACAUGCUUGUUGUACCUCCUGGAUCAGGAAUUGUCCACCAGGUCAAUUUAGAAUACCUUGCACGAGUUGUAUUCAAUACGAAUGGCAUACUCUACCCAGAUAGUGUUGUUGGGACAGAUUCACAUACAACCAUGAUUGAUGGAUUGGGUGUUGCUGGCUGGGGAGUCGGUGGCAUAGAAGCCGAAGCUGCCAUGCUUGGCCAGCCAAUGAGCAUGGUCUUGCCUGGUGUUGUUGGGUUUAAACUAUCAGGAAAAUUAAGGGAUGGUGUGACUGCUACUGACUUGGUGUUGACAGUUACUCAAAUGUUGAGGAAGCAUGGGGUGGUUGGCAAGUUUGUGGAAUUCUAUGGGCAAGGCAUGAGUGAACUGUCAUUGGCAGACCGUGCUACCAUUGCUAAUAUGUCUCCUGAAUAUGGUGCAACCAUGGGUUUCUUUCCUGUGGAUCAUGUCACUCUGCAAUAUCUUAGAUUGACUGGCAGAAAUGAUGAGACAAUUUCCAUGAUAGAAUCCUAUUUACGGGCAAAUAAGAUGUUCAUUGACUACAGUGAGCCUCAGAGUGAGAAAGUGUAUUCUUCCUACCUGGAAUUGAAUCUUGAGUGUGUUGACCCUUCUGUGUCAGGGCCCAAGAGGCCACAUGAUCGAGUUUCUUUGAGAGAAAUGAAAGCUGAUUGGCAUGCAUGCUUAGACAAUAAAGUUGGAUUCAAGGGAUUUGCCAUACCAAAAGAAUCUCAGAAUAAGGUUGCUGAGUUCAAUUUUCAUGGGACUCAAGCGCAACUGAGGCAUGGAGAUGUUGUUAUCGCUGCCAUAACUAGUUGCACAAAUACCUCAAAUCCUAGCGUGAUGCUUGGAGCUGCUUUGGUUGCCAAAAAGGCUUGUGAAUUAGGCUUGGAGGUAAAGCCAUGGGUUAAGACAAGUCUUGCACCAGGUUCUGGGGUUGUGACCAAAUACUUGCAGAAAAGUGGCUUGCAGAAGUACUUGAAUCAGCUUGGAUUUCAUAUAGUUGGAUAUGGAUGUACUACAUGCAUUGGGAAUUCAGGAGAUAUUAAUGAAGCAGUGGCAUCAGCUAUUACUGAAAAUGAUAUGGUUGCUGCAGCUGUUUUGUCAGGAAACAGAAACUUCGAGGGACGUGUACAUCCUUUGACGAGGGCUAAUUAUCUUGCUUCUCCUCCCCUAGUGGUUGCCUAUGCUCUUGCUGGCACAGUAGAUAUUGAUUUCGAAACAGAGCCCAUUGGGACCAGAAAAGAUGGGAAAAAGAUCUUUUUCAGGGAUAUUUGGCCAACUACUGAAGAAGUAGCUCAUGUUGUUCAAUCAAGUGUGCUGCCUGAUAUGUUUAAAGCUACAUAUGAAGCAAUCACCCAAGGAAAUCCCAUGUGGAACCAGUUAUCUGUACCUUCCAGUACUCUCUAUGCUUGGGACCCAACAUCAACUUAUAUACAUGAACCACCAUACUUUAAAUACAUGAGCAUGUCUCCUCCAGGCCCCCAUGGGGUAAAGGAUGCUUACUGCUUGCUUAACUUUGGAGAUAGUAUUACUACCGAUCACAUCUCACCAGCUGGGAGCAUCCACAAAGACAGCCCUGCAGCCAAGUACCUCAUGGAACGAGGGGUGGACAGAAGAGAUUUCAACUCUUAUGGUAGUCGCCGUGGUAAUGAUGAGAUUAUGGCUAGGGGCACCUUUGCAAACAUUCGUCUUGUCAACAAGCUAUUGAAAGGAGAAGUUGGACCUAAAACAAUUCAUAUUCCUAGUGGAGAGAAGUUAUCUGUGUUUGAUGCUGCACUGAGGUACAAGAGUGAAGGGCAAGACACCAUAAUUUUGGCAGGUGCUGAAUAUGGGAGUGGAAGUUCUCGUGACUGGGCUGCCAAGGGUCCAAUGCUGCUGGGUGUAAAAGCAGUAAUUGCAAAGAGUUUUGAGCGAAUUCACCGUAGCAACUUGGUUGGAAUGGGUGUCAUUCCACUGUGUUUCAAGCCUGGUGAUGAUGCAGAGACUCUUGGCCUAACUGGUCAUGAGCGCUACACUAUUGAUCUUCCAGGCAAUGUCAAUGAAAUUAGACCAGGCCAAGAUGUCACCGUGGCCACAGACAAUGGCAAGUCAUUCACCUGUACAAUAAGAUUUGAUACAGAGGUGGAAUUGGCUUAUUUUAAUCAUGGAGGCAUUCUGCAAUAUGUCAUCAGGAACUUAAUUAAUGCAAAACAGUAAUUUGGCAAAGAACUCAUUUUCUUCAGGGUGGAGGUUUGCGGCUACUCAUCUUUAGCCUCGCAAAGCAGAUGGGAUGACAACUACAUCAAAGUUUAUGAAUAAAUUAAAAACUUGGGAUGGGGAAUAUAUGUGUCGGCAGGAGAGCUAAACUGAACAUGUUCUUUGUUUUCCUCUGCCACUCGUUUUCCCAAUUGAUGAAAACAGACGUAAAGAACAUCUCAAUUUUCAGCUGAAUGACCAUGGUUCUUAUGAUGUGGGAAUUUUCUUUUGUUCGUGGGUUGCAUUUAUGCUUUUCCUUCAGUCCAUGAAUAUUGGUUAUUGUUAGGUCCAAGUCCCCUUAUCCCAUGCAAUUUUGUUCAUCCAGACACAUUGCUUCGUAAUUCUUGACUGCUGCAAAAAUAUGGGUUAAUUGAAUUCUGUCGCCAAUGUCAUGUUAAUGUCACUGGCAAAUGGCCCUGGGUUCAUGGAGGAUAAUCUUCAAUCAGUCCAGAUAGUGGCCUGUUCAGGGCUCAACAAGAUGCAAAAAUAAGCCCCCAUGAUUUUA